CACAGACUUCAUGUGAAGGUUCCAGCAUCAUAUUUGUGAAUGAGUCUUUAGUAGACCAUAUAUAUUCUAUAGAUAAAAUUCAACAGUCUGUUGAAAGAAAUCUGUUAUCUACACAUUCAUCUGCAUCUAACUGUAAUAGUAAUACUCCAAAUGAAAGAGUUGUAUCUCCAUAUACAUAUAUCCCCAUCAUCAUCUGAAUGUACAAUGGAUGUUAUACAUUCAGAACCACUUGCUUUUAAAAACCGACAAAAUUUUUCCCUUACAUCUAGUUCCCUUUCACCAUCUUCAAAUUCAACUUCUACGAUUAAAGAUAAAAAGCAAGCAGACGAAGACGUUUUUGCAAAGCGUGGUGGUGGUAGGAAACACGGGAGAGCAACUAUUAUGGAGGAAACAGUAGAAGCAUUAAAAAAAAUAAGUAAUGAAAAAUGCCACAGGUUUUGCAAUCACCACCUCGAACUUCUAAAACUGCUGAUGCUUGUGAAUAUUUGGGUUUAUUUAUUGCUGCUCGAUUGAGGGAAAUGGAACCAAAUAAACGUUUUCGUUGUGAAACAGAAAUAAUGAAAAUUCUCACUAAUUACGACUAUUGAAAAACGAGAGAACACCUAAAGUGAUUAUUUUAUUUUUAAUUAAGGUGAAUGUCCCGAUUAGUGACAGUGUCCCAAUUUAUGACAAUCAUAUCUCUUUGUCUCGAUAAAUUAAUUAAUACACAUCCAUGUCUAUUAUAAAUAUGUGUUGGUAUUUCAAAUCAUAUACAUAAAUCUAUUACAACAAAGUUUGAAUAAAAUUAAACGCUUUUGUGAACGCUAAAAUUAUAAUCGGUCAAGCAUUCUGCCAACGACGGCAAUUCAAGUAGUUAGUCAUUGACAUGUUACAAGGCGAGGUUACUAUUGACGAUCCUCUUCUCGAUUGAUUCAACUUAUAUUAGGCUGAAAUUUUAUUUAGUGACAUGACAACUCAAAGACUAAGAAAAGAAUAUUCAGAUGACGACCUCGAAAAAGCUCUUGCUGCUGUCCGUUCUGGAAAACUAUCAGCAGUAUAAGUAAAGCCAUGGGCAUACCUAGAACUACACUUUUAUAUAAGUACAAAGGAAAAUUGCCAAUUGGAAAAAAUGUAGGUCCAACACCAUUUCUAACUACAGACGAAGAAGCUUAACUUGUGAAAUGGAUGAUGCAUCUUAGUCAGCGAGGUUUUCCUGUUACAAAAAGUCAAUUAAUUAAUAGCGUGCAAUUAUUAAUAAAACAGCUGGCACGAAAUACACCAUUAAAGAAUGGACGACCUGGACACCAUUGCGAUGGCCUGGGAUCUUUUGACAAGAUCCGAAAAAUCUCAGGCGUGUUGGUUAAAUGCUAACCAUCACGGACUACAAUGGUGGGAUGGAGGCAUUCUAUACAUCCGCGCCAAGGACAUCAUACGGCGAGCCAUAUGUGAUGGGUUGGAAAACGACGCAACGAUCUAUGUGAAAGGACUUGACGAGAUGAAUUGGCUCAAGGAAUUACUUGGCAUCCCCAUUCGCAAUGUCAAGUCCAUAGACGUGGAUAUUGAGGACAUCGACCGUUUACAGAAUUUGACCGCGGUUGAUUCGUUGCGGUGCAGACGUCACGUCAAUCAUUGCGCAAUAUCAAACGUAUUCAAAUUGCGCGAUUGGUGGGUUCAGCGAACAGCAGCUCUCGAUUUGCUGAUUUAAAUAUCAUAUGUGGUGGACGAUCUACAUCAAGGACUUGAGGAGAAUCUCAACAUCGACCGUGUGACCGCGGCUGAUCCGAUGCAAAGAGAGAGAUGCAGACGCCACAUCGAUAAUUAUACUUACACCUUUACAUACAUGUUUAAACGAUUGCAAAAUAUAUACUUGUAGUAUUAGUCACAUUUUUUAUUUAUUGCGAAUCUUUUCUCUUCCCAAUAGAAUGUUACUCAUCACUUCGGGUGUUAUAAUAUGUUAGAGCAGGAUGGUGUGAACGGGCCGGGAAAAAUAGUUUAUCACGUAUCUUUUAGUACGAAACAAUUUAUUAUAACCGAUACCUGAACACGAGUCGAUACUUCGCGUGCUUAACUAGUGGACAUGUGCCUUAGUACUGAUUCGCCCAGCAUGGUACGACACUCGGUGUCGCUUCGCGGAACGAAAACUGCCGAAGUUUCUCGAGUCGCGCUCGACUCGUUAUACUGUA